AUGGAUGAACCAGAACAGAAAGAAGACGCGGUAUUCGUGGGCUGCGAGCCUUCGAGGCUGAGGAAGACAUUACUCAAAUUAUCGUUCAGUUGGGCAUCGUUUGUUAGCAGACUCCGUUCGAUAUCCGAGGCUUGUUUGGAGUCCGACGAGAUCACGGAGCAGCUGUUUGACGACGACUCAGACAGCAACUCUGCCGGCGUCGGAGAAUACGAACCGGUCAUACCUUCCGAACUCCCAAGAGAAGUGUUGGCAAAUAAGCUCGCGAACGAUGAUAAGGAAACGUGCUCUACUAGUUCCCCCUUCACAACAACACGAUUAACGUCGCCCCAAAGCAGCGCUGUCAGCAGAGGCGAGGAAACUAGCGAUACCCGAGAUAAGGAAGGCACCCUCACACCGUUUUGUGGGGGAGAGGAAUUAUGGAAGAUACAGAACCAACAAUGGCUGAAGCCGAUCGCGGAAUACGCCACUUUGGAAGGGAAACUGGAAUUACAAAAAAGACUGCGUUCCCAGGAUCUCAAGCAUCACGUGUCGUCGAAAGAUUAUCAUAUCAUAUAUCGCAAUUUGGUGAUUGACGGAAGGAGCCUUAAGCAGCCGAUGAAUUUGAGAGACCUGUUGCGCGUCGUUGAGGCCGGAUGGGAACGGAAUCGGGUACAGGAAAGCUGUCACCAUCGCCCGAGAUGA